AUGAAGUCUUCUCAAUCCUUCGCAGCCAUGCAAUCAUCCCAAUCAGCGUCCUCAGCUGCCAGCACGCCGACCAAAAUCCCCACCAAUGGUCUCUUUCAGAAUGGAGUGUGGAAGUGUAACUGUCAACCCCGACUCCCCGCGGUCCAGUUCACCGUCAAAAAGGACACAGUUAAUCGGGGCCGCACCUUCUACACCUGCCAGCAGGACCGCAACAAGGGCAACCAGUGCGACCUCUUCCUCUGGACCGAAGAUGCGCGCCUGCGCGAGGAAGGUGCCGUGUUGAGCAACUCGCGCAACGAGGUCGGCACACUCAGCCGCAAGCCCAUGAAGCAGUCCACGCUGCACGAGGCCAUAUCGCCGCGGAAAGACAAGAGGAGCUGGAAGGAAAGGACGCCGAUCACGCCGUUCGGCGAGCUGGAGUCUGGUCCUGCGGCGGCGCCGCCCGGCACUAGGAGUACCAUCCAGAGCUCGGCUACCAUGCGGGCGAGCGAUCCGAGCGCGCAGGAGGACGACGAGACCUCUUCCGACGACGAACAGGCUGAUAUUUCCCACAUUACCAACAUCCAGCCCAGCGCGACGCAAAAGGCUGAAGCUGUAGGCUCCAAGAGGAAGCGGCCGGACGAAGAGGACGAGUACAGCGAUUUCUCGUCUGGCGCGGAGGAGGAGCUGGCCUCGAUUGCAAACAGCUCGUCCCAGCACCCAGGAUCCCAAUGCAAGCACCGCGAUGCGCUUGCUACGCCAUCGGCUGUGCGAUCUGUCGGUAUGCAGGAUGGCAUGCCAACACCUCUUACCGAGAAGCCGGUUCGCCGAGUGCUCUUCGCCGACCCCGAGGUCAGCAGCAACCCGAAGCGGCAGCGCACAGAAGCGGGUUUCACGCAUCCUUCCAGCUCGCCCGCCUCGACGCCGUCGUCGUCGCAACAGCAAGAACCUGGCACUCCCGGCAUGGACUCCGCAAACCUCCCGACCGAGAUCAUGGGCCUGCUCAAGGACCAGAACAUCGAGGUGUCGGUCUUGCGCGCGGUGCGCAGCAGUCUGGAGAAGCACGCCGCGACGGCGAAAGGGCUUCAGCGGGGGCGGGAUGCCUCGCGUGAGGCUGUGAAGAAGGCCGAGGGCCGCAUUGCGCAGCUGCAGCAGAGGGUGGCGGAUCUGGAGAACACGCGCAAGAUGAUGAGGUCGCAGCUAUUGCAGGUCUAUAGUGAGAGCUAG